AUGUUCUACACUCCGGAAAUCUCUUUCUUCAACUUCAACAAUCAGUUAAGUUCGAUACCCGAAGAGCCAUACGAUAAUCUCGGUGAUCAAGUGUUUAAUGAAAACAUUAACAAGAAGAUGAGAAGAAUGAUAUCUAAUAGAGAAUCAGCCAGACGUUCACGUAUGAGAAAACAAAGACAGCUUCAUGAGCUUCAAACUCAGGUAGCUCAUCUCCGGCGAUUGAAUCGGUGUCUGUUCGAUGAGCUCAACGCUGUUAUCGAUAACCGGAACCGAGUGCUUGUUGAGAAUGAGUGUCUCUUGAAGGAAAUUUCAGUUCUUCGGAUGAAGCUCAUGGAGUUUGGAGAGAAGACUGUUGGAACCCUAAUUGGAGAACCAUGCAGGAUUUAG